GAAUAUACCUAAACAGAGAGGAAGGUGGAAAAUUACAAUAAUAUUACAGUCAAAUUACAAAAAUCUGCAGGGAUGAAGACAAUGUAUUCCCAUGUGUAACGAUGACUAGAAAACACCCGUCUAUAAAGAUGGAUACAAGAAUACACCAGCUCAAUUUCUCAUUAAUCUCCCUAUUGAAUACAAACGCAUACAGAAUGUGCUAUUUCUCAUAAUUUCCUCCAUCUUGUAAAGCUUCUCUAGGGUUUCUGGAAGUGGCCCUCAGGAUUUUGUUUAUAUACUGAUCAGCUCAAUUCAACGAUCUUUUGCUAAUAUUGUACCAGCCUCUUCUCUGCAUUUGCCCAAUUGGGUGAUUUACGGAGUCCCUUUGGCUUAAUUGUAAAAAAGUGUUGGCGGUAAAGGGCGCAUUCGGAGAGGUGGUAUGAAUAGUGUGUUCAAUGAAGAGAUACUUGCAGACAAGCUCUCAAAGCUCAAUAACACCCAGCAGUGUAUUGAAACUUUGUCGCACUGGUGCAUUUUUCACCGUGGUAAAGCAGAGCAAGUUGUUGCAACAUGGGAUAAACAAUUCCAUAGUUUGGAGAUGGUUAAGAAAGUGCAUCUUCUGUACCUUGCAAAUGAUAUCCUGCAGAACAGCAAGCGUAACGGGAAUGAAUUUGUCUCUGAAUUUUGGAAGGUUCUUCCUUCAGCACUCAAGGAGGUGAUGAAGAAUGGGGAUGAUCGUGGAAAGAAGGCCGUCUCAAGAUUGGUCAAUAUAUGGGAAGAAAGGAAAGUAUUUGGAUCCCGUGCUCAGAGCCUUAAAGAUGUAAUGCUUGGAGAAGAAUUGCCCCCACCAUUGGAGUUUGGGAAGAAACGUUCUCGUUCUGUAAGAAUAAAGAGAGACUCUAGAUCUAUUAGAACGAAAUUAACCAUUGGUAGCACAGAAGAAAAAAUUGUGUCAGCUUUUAACCUGGUACUCAGCGAACAUACCACAGAAGAUGAAGAAAUGAAUAAGUGCAAGUCUGCCAUCCAACGUGUGAGAAAGAUAGGAAAAGAUGUCAACGUUGCCUUAACAAAAGCCAAGGAUCCGACGCGGAGGACCUUAGCCAAAGACCUAGAGGAGGAAGAACUUGUUCUGAAUCAAUGUAUUAAGAAACUUAAAGUUGUCGACGCGAAUAGAGUGAUGCUUGUGUCACAGUUACGAGAAGCACUUCAUGAGCAGGAGUCCGAGCUAGAGAAUGUUCGGACGCAAAUGCAGGUAGCACAGGGACAGGCAGAAGAAGCUGCAAAUAUGCGGAAAUGUUUGAAUGAAGACCAUGUGAUAGAUUCAAAAGCAUUGAUUGCAUCGGCAGAUACCAAUACAAAACCAGCACAAACAACGAGAAAAACUGCUGCAGCAAUUGCAGCUGAGGUCGCAGACAAGCUAGCUGCUUCGAGCUCGUCCCAGUACAUUAUGACCUCUGUCCUUUCUACAUUUGCUGCUGAAGAAGCCAAAAAUGCGGGACUUGUGAAGUCUUCAACAUCCUCGACUUCUUUCUCAUCGGCUUCCAAUACUCCAAUGUCCAACCCUGUUUCGGAUCAGACUGUUUUCUUGCCGGCACAGCAACCUAAUCCUUCUCAAAACAACCAAUACCAAUCACAUAUGAUGGCUCAGCCAUCAAUCCAAGGUCAAAUUUCCAACUCUCAAUCUAUGUAUCAUUCACUUCCUAAGCCACCUUCUCAGCAGUAUUUGCAGCCAUCGGGUGGAAUUGUGGCUUCCUAUGAUUAUGGUAGUCUUCCUCCACUGCCACCUGGGCCACCUCCACCCCCACCUCCAUCUUACAUGAUGAACCCAAUGGUUCCUUUUACCCAGCAGCCGCCUCAGAUGACUCACCAGCAACCACUUGUGAUGGGCCAUCAGCCAUCGACAUUAGCUCAGCAGCAAAUAGGACCUGUACCUCAACAACCGCAUGCAACUCCUAGUUCGCUUCCUCUUCCUCCAUUUCAGGCACCUGGAAUGCCGUAUUAUGGACACCCUUACCAAUCGAACUGAGAUUAGUCUUGUCUUUUGUUUGUGAAGAUUGCAGUUCGAGUAGAUGCAGAGGUUAUUGACUAUACGGGUAGGCAAUUGAAAAUCAACUGGUAGCGCUGGUUAUGAAUAUUUGUUUGUCUAUCUUUAGUGCUAGUUCAUGCUUCCCUCCUCUACCCCUCAUCAUCGUUAUCUGCUGAAAAUUUUUCAUGUUAUAGAAUUUUGUAUUGCUUUGCAAAUCAUGUAAAAGAUUAGUUUUUCUAAUGAUUAUCUAGAGAUAUGGUUACUCAGAAA